GCUCCGCCGGGAUGUCGGGGUCUCUGCGGGACCAGACGGCGCUGCUGGUGGGCGACUACCUGGCGCACUGCCGGCCGGGGCCCGCGCCGCCCGCGCCCGCGCCCAGCCCCGCCGCCGACACCCUGCGCCGCGCCGCCGCCGACCUGCGCCGCCGGCACCGGCGCUUCUUCGAGCGGGCGGCCGCCGCCGGAGGGGGGGCCGGAGGGGGCGCCGGACCCCGGGGCGGGGGCCCGGGGGGCCCGGCCGAGCUCCUGGCCCGCGUGGCCGCCGAGCUGGAGCGCGACGGCGGCCUCAACUGGGGCCGCGUGGUGGCCCUGGUGGCCCUGGCGGGGGCCCUGCUGGAGCCGGACCCCAGCCGCCGCCGGGCCCUGGCCGACACGCUCUGCCGCUACCUGGCCGAGGAGAAGGGGGACUGGCUCCGGGACCACGGCGGCUGGGAUGGCUUCUAUCAUUUCUUCAACCAACCGGAUGGCCGCCCGGCCGAACAGAACAGCGCUCUGUGCAACGCCAUCAUGGCCGCGGCAGGCUUUGGGCUAGCGGGAUUAGCCUUCCUCUUGGCUGUGCGGUAGACGGCGCCUGGGGAGCGAAGAGAACUCCGAUCUGUUCGCCCCGUGCCGUCGCUUUUCUUUUUAAAAGCAAAUCGACUGACCAGAGACACUAGGUACACUUGCAGAGGGGCAGACGGUAGACGGGUCUUCAAAGGACAGUGGUCCGAGAAGUAUUCGAGAGCAUCCGAGCGAAUGCCGGCGGACCGGUACCUGGGAUACUGACAUCUAAGCUCGUUGCAGAGAGUUUGAAAAAUGUGCGUCUUGCUUCCAGCGUCGUUAUCCAGACACUGCCGGGCUUGUGUUCUGUCCAGGCCGCCUGGCCUGUGAAUGCUGUCAUACCUCCAGGGCUCUAUUUUGUGAAUGAGAGUUGCAUGUUCGUGAGAUGAGGAAACACGAGAAGGCAGCACGUGACUUAAGCCAGUUUGUAGAUGGGAACUUGUACCGAGUGACUUGUGGUUUAUUUUAUAUAUAUGUCUAUAUAUAUAUAUAUAUAUAGAUGUGUAUAUAUAUCCUGUUAAUGAGUAUGUGAUGUUCUUGAAGAUAUAAAUAUUACACGGCUAGUUUUAGCAAGAUAGUUUAGGAGUGGCCGCAGUCUCUUCAUGUGAGAAACUAAUGACAAAACCUUUGUAAUGAAUUGGAGUAUUGGCAAAUCCUUUGAAAUCUGGAAUUUCUGGGGGUUUCUCUCUCAAAGCGCGUUUCCAAUAGAUCUUAAUAUAUUUUUUGGAAAUAUUUAUCUCUGUAUAAUACUUGUGCUGACAGCAGUAUAGCACCUUUUUUUAUUUUUGUUUACAAUUGCUUUUAAAACCUAGGUUCUCAUUAAAUUUUUAUUCCUUUUUUUAAAAAAAAACAAA